AUGGCUACUUCUGUUCUCGAAGAUGAUAUCUCUCCUACAUCCGCUGAUGAAAUGCAUCUUGAAAUUUUCUGUCUUGUAUGGCUCGAUGCUGGUGCAAGUACUAAAGAUGUUCGAGAUUCAGAACAAAAAUUGCGUUCUAUCAUCAAUAGGUUUAAGAAAUUUCAAGAUGUUAAACAAUGUCAACAAUAUAUUAUGGAACGAUCACAACAAGAACGAGUAGUCAUGAUUGUUAGUGGUCAGUUAGGGCGACAAAUAGUUCCUUCUAUUCAUGAACUUAGGCAAGUCAUAGCAAUCUACGUGUACUGCAUGAAUAAAAACAGUAACAAAGAAUGGGCUGACAAUUUCGCAAAAGUAAAAGCUGUUAUUGUCGAAAUUGAUGAGCUCAUCUCUCGAAUUAAAGCUGAUCACAAAAUUCAGAAAGUCGUAGAAGAACCAUUGUCAAUUAGUGUUUUUAAUACGAACACUGAAGCAGGUACAUCAACAACGGGUGUAAAUGGUCAAUUUGUUUUUUAUCAAGUUCUUAUUGAUUGUCUUCUACGGCUAACAUCUACUGAACAAGAUAAAGAAGAACUUAUUAAUCUUUGUAAAGAACAGUAUAAAGGCAAUAGUACUGAACUGAACAAUUUGUGCGACUUUCAAGAUAAUUACUCACCUGAUCAAGCAUUGUGGUGGUACACAAAAGAAUCAUUCUUUUAUAAGACUCUCAAUGCAGCUCUACGUAAGCAAGAUUUUCAUUUUAUUUACUUAUUUCGUGCGUUUAUCUGCGAUAUUCAUCGUCAAUUGACAAAGUAUCAACUAAAACAACCUCAAAAAGUUUAUCGAAGCCAAAUGAUAUCUAGUGAUGAACUGAAAAUGUUGGAACAAUGCUGUGAUCAGUUUAUUUCAGUAAACUCAUUCUUUUCCACUAGUACUGAUAAGGAAAAAGCUCUCUCAUUUGUCAAGACUUCUGAGACUACCGACAACUUAAAACCGGUAUUAUUUGAGAUUGAUGCUAAUCCUUCGGUAGUCACUAUCAAACCAUUCGCUGAUCUUAGCCCAUAUAGUGCAUAUCCCGGCGAAUCAGAAAUACUUUUUAUGCUCGGCGCUAUUUUCCAUUUGGACAGCAUCUAUCGAAGUAGCGACAGUCAAUUAUCAAUUAUUCGAAUGACUUUAUGUGGUGAUGAAGUACAUGCUUUAAAGGAAGUUCUUGUGCAUUUAAAAAAACAACUUGGCAAUGGAGAAACAAAUCUUCACAUAUUAGGACGACUACUAUGGGAUAUGAGUAGACCUGAUCUCGCUGAAAAAUAUUUUCUUCGCUUGUUAGAACAAUUGCCAUCAAAUGAUCCAUCCAUUGGUAAAUUAUAUGAUGAUCUUGGAAAACUUGCAUCGCAGGCCGGUAAAUUAGACAAGAGUAUGGAAUGGCAUAAAAAAGCUCGUGAAUUCGAAAACCAAUCAAAACCAAUCAUACCUAUGAGUAAGCCCAUCCAAAGAAAUCUAAUCAUAUAG